AUGCCUAACCGCAAAUUUCUCCAAAACACCUCUUCUGCUUCUCGUCGUGCCGCUAUGGCUAAAAAACUCUCUCGUCCCUUGCCUUCGGCUCCGGUUCCUGCUCCUGCCCCUGUGGACAACUUUUCGUUCGUUGCCGUUUUGCCCUCGUCCUUGGCCUUGGUGCUCUCUUCUUCUUCUGCCGGUGUGCCUUCUUCUGUCGUAGCCACUGCGCCCACUUCCGUUGCCCUUGUGCCUGCCUCGUCUGUGGCCAUUGUGCCUUCGUCCGUUCUGGCCUCUGUGCCUUCCUGCUCUGACGUCGUACCUAGUGCCGAUGUGCCCACCUCUACCUUGGCCUCUGUGCCCAUGUCCCGUCCGACUUCUGUGAUCUAUGUGUCCGAAGUCGAGGGGGAAGAUGUUGGUGGCCGUAGUGUGGUCGUUGUAUCCUCAAAGGAAGAACAACUUCCACCUACGGCCAUCCACAUCGAUGAUCCCAUGGACUGGGAGCCUCUGGGUCCGACAGAGGAGUCGGCCUGGCAGGCUUGCGCCAAAGGCAUAGGCGAAGUCCAUGAUGACCCAAUGGAUUGGGAGUAUUCAUCUUUCAAUCCCAUGGACUGGGAAUGGUGCGACUAG